AUGCCUACCUGGGGGGCCAGUUCUCUGGCCCCCGACCGCUUUGCGGUGUCUGCAGAGGCGGAGGCCAAGGUGCGGGCACAGCAACCCCAUGUGGAGCGCAUCUUCAGCGUAGGAAUGAGCAUCCUUCCGAAAGACUGUCCGGAGAACCCCCACAUCUGGCUGCAACUUGAGGGCCCCAAAGAGAACGCCAGCAGAGCUAAGGAGUACCUGAAGGGUCUCUGCAGCCCUGAGCUGCAAGGUGAGAUCCACUACCCGCGCCGGCUGCACUGCAUCUUUCUUGGAGCCCAGGGCUUCUUCCUUGACUGCUUGGCCUGGAGCACGACAGCCCACCUGGUGCCCCUGGUGCCUGGCUCACUGAUGAUCAGCGGCUUGACUGAGGCCUUCGUCAUGGCUCAGAGCCGUGUAGAGGAGUUGGUACAGCGGCUGAGCUGGAACCUGUGGCCAGAGCAGUCCCUUGGAGCUUCUCAGUCUGCUGGCAUGCUAAGAGACUUCUCUGCCCUGAUGGAGCCCUGGGGGGAUGCCCACAAAGAGGCCCUGCUGCAGCUGCCUCCAGCUGUCCAGGAGGAACUACUGAGUUUGGUGCAGGAGGCAUCCAGGGGGCAGGGGCCGCAGGCAUGCUCCUCUGGGGAGAGGAGAAGCCCAGACCUCAUGGGUGCUAAGCUCCUGGGAGUUGGGGGUUCCUUAAGUGAAGGCAGGAAUUCCUUAGACACUGGAUCUAUGGGGCAAGAAGAAUCAGGGGGUGAGAGACAUGCUUUAGAGAAGGUGGGAGGGAGACACACUGGUGGUGCCACCCAGAUGUAUGUAGGGUGGACAGAACCACCCAGGGAAGAGGCUUGGGAGAGAGACAAAGUCUUCAGGUCACAGUUAGGAGCAGGAGAGGUAGAGGCAGCCGGGCCCCUAAAAGGGAAGGCCAUGGUGCAGGAGAGGCUGACUCAGGAGAGAGGAGGCUUCUAUGCCCAGGGUGAGCCUCUCGGUGCUCAUUGCUCCUCACAGAGGGCAAGUCAGCCUCGGGGAGCCUCCCUUCUCCAGCGGCUCCAUAAUGGGCAAACCUCACCUCCAAGAGUGCCGAGCCCCCCCCCUGCACCCGAGCCCCCAUGGCACUGUGGUGACCGGGGAGACAGAGCAGACAGGGUGGACAAAGAAGACAAGCAGCAGAUAGGGACGCGGGGCCGGGGGUCUCCGUGGAAACGGGGCACCCGGGGGGGCAACUUGGUGACUGGCACACAGCGUUUCCAGGAGGCCCUCCAAGACCCUUUCACCCUAUGCCUUGCCAAUGUGCCCGGACAGCCAGACCUCCGCCAUAUUGUCAUUGACGGCAGCAACGUGGCCAUGGUGCAUGGCCUCCAACACUACUUCUCCAGCCGGGGCAUUGCCAUUGCUGUGCAGUACUUCUGGGACCGUGGCCACCGGGACAUAACUGUCUUUGUGCCUCAGUGGCGCUUCAGUAAGGAUUCCAGGGUCAGAGAGGGCCACUUUCUACAAAAGCUGUACUCCCUCAGCCUGCUUUCCCUCACUCCCUCAAGAGUCAUGGACGGCAAGAGGAUCUCCUCCUAUGACGACAGGUUUAUGGUGAAGUUGGCUGAAGAGACAGAUGGGAUCAUCGUCUCCAAUGACCAAUUCCGGGACCUGGCAGAGGAGUCUGACAAAUGGAUGGCAAUCAUCAGAGAGCGCCUGCUGCCUUUUACCUUUGUGGGAAACCUCUUCAUGGUCCCUGAUGACCCACUGGGGAGAAAUGGUCCCACCUUGGAUGAUUUCCUGAAGAAGCCAGUCAGGACAUCAGGGUCGUCUGAGGUUCAGCAUCCUUCCAAGGGCAUUGCUAAGCCUAGCACUCAGCAGCCGGGGAAAGAAGAGGAGAAAGGUGGUGGUGGCAUUCGGAAGACUCGUGAGACAGAGCGGCUUCGGCGCCAGCUGCUGGAGGUGUUUUGGGGUCAGGAUCACAAGGUGGACUUUAUCCUGCAGCGGGAGCCAUACUGCCGGGACAUCAACCAACUCUCAGAGGCCCUUCUCAGUCUCAACUUUUGA